AUGCGUUUCCAAUGGCUCGUCGCGGCCGCAGCCGCUGUUGGGAUCGCUGUCCCCGUCGCAGCCCGCUCCGAGUUUGACAACAUCAAGGUAGUCGACAACUUCUCCAAGAACUUCCUCUUCCCAAACUCGCUCAUUCAGGCCCAUGCCAUCAACAGCACUCUCUUCUCUGAAGACGUCCGCGGUACCGUCGAUGCAAUGCUGACGGCCAGCAACGACCAAGUAGGCCUGCAUGCAAGGCAUGUCACUGACCUCAGCUUCGAUGGUCGCGAGCUCAACACCGAAUACAUGUUUGGGUUGUUCGCCCGCCUCAACGAGACUGGCCCUUCAUUCCUUGGCACUCCUGUCAACUACACUGUCAAUGGUAUCAUGUCGGAGAACGACAACAUCCUUGCGAGCGUCGUUUUUGACUUUCACUACCCGUACAUUGAUGAGAUCUUCCCUCUCGAGCUUAUUACGUUUUUCACCAUCAACGAAGCUGGCGAGAUCUCAGAGUACUCGACGACCUUCCGCCGCUGGUCCUGGGCUUCCGACAUUGUCCUCCCCAAGCAGGUUCCUGCCAUGGCCAAAUACAUGAACAUUACAGAUUGGGACGACGACGCAUGGCUCAUUCACCACUACAUGUCGCACCAGACUUGUGUUGGUGCUCAGGCAUUCUGCCAUGGCGAUAACAAGCAGUACCAGAGCUAUGACGACUGCAUGCACUUCCUCACCAAAAAGAAGGUUGGCGAGAUGUACCGCCUCGGCGACGAUAACCUUGCCUGCCGUUUCCUCCACGUCGGCAUGCUGGAGCUCCGUCCUUCCAUUCACUGUGACCACGUGGGCCCUUCUGGUGGCGACAUGUGUAUCGCCCGAGACUACGACGAGGUCGUUAGGGCCAACCACUUCCUGCACGGCUUCAUCGCGCCCGCCGUCAUCACGCCCGAAAACAGAAAGCUCCUUGACGGCAUGGCGAUGACGGCUGGGGCCACGAUCCCCUCCUUGCUCGAAAUCUCAAUGAGCCUCAAGGACGUUCACUCGUGGGACGCUACCGCGUUCACCGCCAAUGUCUUUUGGCUCAUGGCCCUCAUCUGGCUCACCACCAAGUUGGUCGACUUCCUGUUCCACAGGCUGCACACUCGCUUUGACUUUGAGGAGGUGUAUGAGAAAUCCGCCAUUGACAAGCAGCGCGACGUCGUGAUGUACUGCGUCAACAUUUUCUUCAUCACCGUUGCCCUCGCCCUUCUCCUCGCCACAACCCCAGCUCUGGGAGGUGUUUAUGAGCUUUGGAUGCUCCAGCUGAUGCGCUUUGCUGCACUCACUAUCUGCUCGCUGUACAUGUUUGAGCUUGUCUUCCGCUGGAACCUCCAGCCGAUACUUAUCGCCCACCGUCUCUUGACCAUCUUCAUUACAGCCUUUGCAUACGCCUCAUUCGAGUACUGUCAAUCGCCCGUGUACCUGAUCUCGCUUGUGAUUUGGCUCAUCCAGUCGACGACCGACCAGAUCAUGUACCUUGCCCUCCUGGGGGACACUCUCAAAUGGGACCAUGUCGUCGUCAGCCAGCUGUACAAGAUCGCCGCUGUUCAAACCGGUAUUUUUGAUAUUGGCAGCAUCAUCGCCCUAGUUGCUUUCUGGGCAGUUGCAGAGAACUACAACUACCGCCCCAUCAACGCAGUCUGGACCGCAUCUGUUUGGAUCUCGGCCCUCUGCGUACUCGCUGCACAGACAUGGGGCUCUUACGUGCUGUGGAAAGAGGGAGAAAAGCACACUGCAAUCAGGCUGGGAGGCGACUCCUCCGCCACUGUUCCACUCCUUGGUGGCUCAGCCAACGGAUCCCCCCGCACCUCGCAUGAAAACAGAGCGUAA